AGAAACUAUUUGUGAUGAUCUCUCUUUUAAUUUUACAUUCGUAUGCAACAUUUCGUCUGCAAAUUAUCUAAUUGAAUUAAAUAAAUGAUGCAGGCAAAUUGCAAACAAUUCAGGGCCAACUGGUAAGCAACCUUGCAGCCCUCUGCCAACAUAUUUCCGCGGCUCUCGACAUAUCGAUAAAAAUAACAUCACAACUGGGUGCAUUCUGCCAUGUCAUUGCGUCAGCUCACGGAUAAGCAGGAAGCCAUGGAGAGCAUAAAGAGCCAGUUGCGGCAGUACUUCAGCUGUCGAGAUCAUGCCGCAUUUUGAUGCUUGUUGCGCAUUGCGGCUGCCUCUUGUUCCAGCUGAGAAUCCAUCCUCAGCUCCUCGAAACAAGAGAUGAUGUUGCAGAGCGCAGCGACGACAGUGUUGUCGAUACGCCCGCUGUUGGUUUUGCUAGCGCAGUCAUCUGACUGUUGUUGGAAUCCUAUCAAACUCAUUGCCGGUACAAUCAUCUUUGCUUGCAAGAACAGAAUUGAUAUUACAUUUACUCAAAUCUCCAUGUUUGUGAUUCCAGUAACUUUGAUUGUGGCAUGGAUCAAGGGUGUCCAAAUGGAUCUUGACUUCGAUCUCCUUGAAACUGCAUCACUGGUUAUGUCGUUUCUGAUUACUGCCUCCAUGCUUCAGGAUGGGAAUUGGCACCUCAUGAAGGGAUUUCUACUCUUGUUUUCGUAUGUUCUCAUCGCGACGUGCUUUUUCAUUCUAAAACCUCUUCAGAGCUAGCUUGGACAGCUAAGUCAUUGAAGAACAGCAGUUUGUAAGUUCGACCUGAGCACGGAUCAAUCCCAGCAAACCAUGCAUGAAAGUGGCAUGAUCUCCAUUGAAUAUAAUGUUGCAGCAAUCAAGGAAGGAACAAGAACCAUGCUGUAGAAUGGGGUCAAUUCACUACCCUAUAUAUAAAUAUGUAACCUCAAAAAGCUCCAUAAGAGUUAUUGUUACUAUCAUUGUUCUUCCAUGGCUUUAUCUUACUAAGAAAAGCAUAAUCCAGCAGCUUCUAGACCCCCUUAGAACCAAUUAUCCGAUGAACACAGCAUGAAGAGUUUCUUUUGCUGUGCUUCUUUUUUUUUGUCUCGAUUCCGUAUUCCAGGUGAUUAAUUACCAUAGGUCUAAGUAGUAGCAAGUUCACGACAAUUCGUUAAGCCUUAUAUACAUAAGUCGAAUAAUCGAGUACAGAAUCAUGCGGCGAGGAAAUUUAGAACAGAUUAGUUGAAACAAAACUAAUGCAGGAUAAGGCCUGAUCUAUUCCACAUGUGGGUCAAAGAUGUAACAUACUUAAUAAAAUUCAUACAACCUAAAAGAUUUAAGUUUGUUAAUUCUAAAUCUAUUAGUACACAUUAAUACGUAACGUUUUCUAUUAAUUAUCU